AGUGAAGUGAAACUGACUGAUGGCAGCCGUUCCUGAAAACAUGGAGUUUGAUAGCCCAAAGCCUUGCACAUCUUCUGCUUGUUCCUCGAACAAAAAGCGGUUUGAGGUUAAAAAGUGGAAUGCUGUUGCUCUAUGGGCAUGGGAUAUUGUUGUUGACAAUUGUGCUAUUUGUCGUAAUCAUAUAAUGGAUUUGUGUAUUGAAUGUCAAGCCAACCAGCAAUCUGCAACCAGUGAAGAAUGCACAGUUGCAUGGGGUGUUUGUAAUCAUGCCUUUCAUUUUCAUUGCAUAUCACGAUGGCUGAAAACACGACAAGUGUGUCCCUUGGAUAAUCGCGAGUGGGAGUUUCAGAAGUAUGGCAGAUAAGUCAAAGAUAUCGAGCGAGUUUCAAGUUAAAUUCUAUGACGUCAUGGUGAUAAACAUUUGAUGAAAAUUUGUAUUUCUUGAAUAAUUUGUACGUGACAUGAUAUUGUAGCAGUUAUGUCGUUGCAUUAAAAUAUAAAAAUCGUGAA